AUGACGGCAGUUGAUAAAGGCGAGGUAGGAUUUUUCUUUCUAUAUGGAUAUGGUGGUACAGGAAAGACAUAUAUUUGGAACACCUUAUGCUCGGCCACACGUGGGAGGGGCGAUAUAGUACUUCCAGUAGCUUCGAGUGGUAUAGCAUCGUUAUUGUUGCCUAGGGGCAGGACUGCACACUCUAGAUUCGGUAUACCAUUGGACUGCCACAAAAACUCCACGUGCAGCAAGAUAAACCCAGAUAACGAUUUAACUGGACUACUUGUUAAAACAAAGCUUAUUAUUUGGGAUGAGGCACCAAUGACGCAUAGAUAUUGUUUUGAAGCGCUUGAUAGAAGCCUAAGGGAUAUUAUGAGAUCUUCCGAUAGGCCUGGAAAACCUUUUGGAGGUUUGUUGGUUGUUUUAGGAGGCGACUUACGACAGAUACUUCCAGUGAUCCCUAAGGGAAGUCGGCAUGACAUUGUGCAUGCCUCUAUAAGUUCAUCUCAACUUUGGAAUUCGUGUCAAGUUCUCAAGUUAACUAAGAACAUGAGAUUACAGUUAGGAUAUUUUCAUGAAAAGACUACAAUACAACGUAUAGGGAAGGGAGAAUCUGUUGUGGCAUUAUCAGAAGAUAUCCUUAUACGCAAUGCAACAAAUCCUAUUGCAGCUAUAGUGGAAAACACAUAUAAUGACGUCAUGAAUAAUGCAUUUGAUCCGGAAAUGUUUAAGAAUAGAGCUAUCUUGGCCCCCACCAAUGAGAUGGUUGAUACGAUCAAUGAUUACGUCAUGUCUUUGAUGUCUAGCAAGGAAAGGGUUUACCUAAGUUCAGAUAGUAUUUGCAAAGAAGAUGGACAAGUGGACCUUGAUGAACAUGUAUUCUCGGUUGAAUAUCUCAACACAAUCAAGUGUUCAGGAUUACCGAGUCAUGAAAUUAAAUUGAAAGAAGGAUGCAUAAUAAUGCUUCUCAGAAAUAUUGAUCCAUCUAAUGAGCUUUGCAAUGGCAUUAGGCUGAUAGUAACUCAACUUGGGGAACGCGUAAUUGAAGGCAAACUCAUUUCAGGAAAAAAUGUGGGCAUGCAAGAAAUUUUCCAUAGCUAG